AUGGCCAACGUUGGAGAAAUUGGAGGUCCAGCCGUCGAUACACCAGAACCGAAGCAGACCGCUACUCCGCCGUCGAAUUUUAAGGGUUCUUCCUCUUCUGCACCAAACAAUCCUUCUUCAGUUUGUUUCCAGAGAUCUUCCUCAUUGCGCCUGAGUCAGAUGAACAACUCGGUCAAUUUCUCAUCCCUGCCAUGUAUAUUCGCUUCGCCUCGAGUUAGUUCUCCCAAAUUAUCUCGUUAUCUAGCGAGGCAUCAUUCUUGGGAUCUGCUUGACACUGAUUUUUCCCUAGAGAAUGAAACAGAUCCCUAUAGUGAAAACUUAUUAAACUUGGCAGGGGCAAAUGAAACAGAGCAGAGUGAUACAGAGAGCUCGGGAAUUGAUACUUCGGAUAUCCUGCUCUUGGAUUCACCCAUCGAGAUGAUAACAGCGGAUCCAAAUCCUGUCCCUAGUUCAGAUGUUCAUUGCCAGAAUGAAGGGGAACUCCCAAACUUACACACUAGUAAUUCAAGACGAAGAUGUCUUGUUUUCGAAACAACAGGAUCUCCUCCAAGGCAUAUAGGCGAUACCUAUCCGGAUUUUAUCACCAAAGAGGAAUCAGCUGAUAAGCAACUGUUACCAGAAAAACCCAAGUCUGGUCCUUCUUCUUCUCGAAGUUGCUUGGUUUCUGGGAUCGGUCUUCAUCUGAAUUCCCUAGUAAGAAUUAGGGAAGAUUCCAAUAGUGCAAUGUUUAAACUCAAUCAAUUCCUCUUAUACCAUUUUGUAUGUUUGAAUUACAGGCGCAGGUUGGAAAACUGUGAAGAAAAUGAUGGAUGUAAGCGAUGCAGUUGUAAGAAAUCAAAAUGCUUGAAACUUUAUUGUGAAUGCUUCGCUGCUGGUCUUUAUUGCAUUGACUCGUGUUUUUGCCAAGAAUGUUUCAACAAGCCCAUACAUGAAGAUAUGGUUGUGGAAACUCGCAAGAAAAUAGAGGGUCGAAAUCCACUCGCAUUUGCACCUAAAGUUGUUAAUGUACCUGAAGCUGGGGAUGAUUCAAGGCAUAAAUCAGGAUGUAACUGCAGGAAAUCAAAUUGUUUGAAGAAAUACUGUGAAUGCUAUCAGAGUGGAGUUGGAUGCUCCAAUAACUGUAGAUGUGAUGGAUGUAAAAACCCUUUAGGGAGAAAGGAUGGGUUUUUCUUAAAAGGUUCAGAAGACAAAGAAUCUAGAAUGCUUGAAAAUGGAACCAUACUUCAAAACAAUGAACAGGAUAAUCAAGAUUCAGAGUUUUUCCCUGCACCUUUUGGGGCUGUCAGUUGUGAUGAAACUGAAACGAGUGAACAGACAGCUUUGGCGAUAAAACGACCAGCUGGGAUGUCUAAUCUUUCGGUGAUUCCAGAGUGUUCAUAUAAAACAGAGAAAAGGGUUGGAAAGGAAAACAUGAUGCCGGAGAUAGUGAGAGUAGAUUACUCACCUAGAAGGGUAAUGAUAAUUAGUUGUUCUCCCAAUAGCAAGAGAGUUUCUUCUCCGUACAAUGGUGGCGGCGGCGGCGGCGGCGGCGGGGCGUCCCCGAGUUCAUCGAGGAGUAGAAGGAAGAUUGUUCUUCAAUCCAGUCCUUCGUUUCAGACUCCAGCACCUAAAUAG